AUGUCUACAGAUGUUGAACCCAUGACAAGUCUAGAUGUUACCACUGGACUAAAUUCUUUGUAUAUGCUAUACUGCACAGCUCCAUUACCGCUAGUUGUGAUAGGCAUAGCAUUUUUUUAUUCAGGAUUAACCCAACGAAGAUCAGCUUUGACCAUGUUUGCCGUGCCGUUUCUACUAGCUCCCAUGAUUAUUAUAGAUUGGUUCAUAUGGGGCUAUUCAUUAUGUUAUUCUGCAUCUUCGAAUCAUUUUAUUGGAAAUUUAAACUAUGUUGUACUCAGACAGUUUCGUAAUGCUUUGACUGCUGAAUUCACAAAUACCAGAGGCCAUGUAUUAGCUGGUGCACAUGUACUUUUUAAUAUGUUUUUCAAGCUUAUUUGUGUUUCAUUGACUUUCCCUGGAUGUAUUGCUGAGAGAGGAAGAGUUUUGCCGAUGAUUCUAUUUGCAUUUAUUUGGUCAGUCAUAAUCUAUAACCCGGUCACUUAUUGGUUCUGGAAUUCGAACGGGUGGCUCUCAGUGGAUUUAGGAAGAUUACCUGUCUUGGAUUUUGCUGGGGGGAACUGUGUUCAUAUUGUUAGUGGGUUUACCUGUUUGGCCUACUCGUACAUUUUGGGACCAAGAAAUCCGAAAUUACUUUACAACUACCGCAACUCCAACACCGGACAUAUUAUUUUUGGCACAUUCUUGGUAUUUAUGGGAUGGAUAGGCUACAUUGCUGGAUGCGAUUUUAAAUUCUCAUUCAACUCCAUAUACAUUAUACUAAAUACACUUAUUGCUGCAUGUGCAAGUGGCAUUGUAUGGACUGCCAUUGACUUUUUCUUCUCGUCGGUUCCAUUGGAGGGAGAAAGUGUUGGAUUGAAGCAUGGAGAUAGUAAGUUAUCUAAUUCUCUGGGAGAUAACCACUCACCUAUGUUGCAAGCCAUUGUAUCAAGAACCGGGGUGUCCAUUAAUCAAAGACUACAUGAAUCGAAAUCGAAUUUUGUUGAAAAAAGAAAGUUUUCCAUGAUAUCAUUCUCGUCAGGUAUCAUGACUGGGUUGGUUGUCUUUACACCAGGAGGAGGAUACGUUUCUUCGAAUGCAGAAUUUUGGAAAGGGAUUAUUUUUGGUGUCGUAGGUGCAAUUUCUGGUAAUUUAGCUACUAGAUUGAAGUAUUUCUUUAAUAUCGACGAUGCAUUGGACCUCUUCGCAGUUCAUGGUAUCCCGGGAAUUGUUGGUUCUAUGCUAACCGGUAUUUUUGCUAAUGAUUUGUAUGAUUCAAAAGGAGGGUGGGUGAAAGGUCAUUGGAAACAGUUUGGAUAUCAGUUGCUAGGAUUGGUGGUGACAAGUGCGUAUGUUUUCAUCAUGUCAAUGGUUUUCUUAUACUUGAUUGAUUUGAUUCCAGGGUUCCAUUUAAGAAUUGAUAAGGACUUUAAUAGACGAGAAAGAGAAAAGACGCUUAAAGCGAAACAACUUGAUCAGGAACUAGAAUCGCAGACUUCGCCACAGCAGGUUGUACCACAUAUGUCGAAUUCGACAGAGCAAAUGAGUUUCUGGGAACAAGUCGAGCUACAGGGUACUGAUGGAUACGAGUUUAAUGGAGAGUUUAUGCUAGAUUUCAUGGAGUUCAUAAGGGCUAUCCGCCCCCAGGAUUAUGAGGAUGAUGACCUAAAAGACAUUAUACAAGCUCCCAAUCAAUACGAAGGCUACAUCGGGCAAGAUUUCGAGCUACACCAAGAAGGUGUUCAUAAUUUAACGAAGCGAGAAUAG